CUCACUUUCGAUUAUCUAAGAUGCAAAUUAUGCUGGAUCAGAGUUUCCUUGUCUAUGUUCUGUUGGCUGUCAUCUUUGUUAUUUUCAUGUGGCUAACAAGAUCGAGAGUACACAAUUCAUUCUAUAAGGGUGAUGGUUCGGCACAAAAAGCUAAAGGUUUAAAAGUUCACUCCGGAGGAAUUUCCAAUUCGUUCAAAAGUGAAGGAAAGGGCAUACAAAAUCUUGAAAACGCUGAAAUUAUCUGUCGCAGCGAAACAACCAACCUUUUGGCUAGUUUACUCCAAUUUAUAAUAAACUUAGCUCGAGGUGGAAAGUAUGAAGCUGAUGGUAAAGAUAAAAACAAAUGAGUUGAGAACUUCGUUCAAGACAACUCAGUAAGCUCAGAAGCACAAGGAUGUUGUACUAAUUUCUUUCUCUUUUUUGUAUUUGUUUCUAUGUUGCCACA